GCAGACACCAAGAGACGGACACCAGGGCCAGGGCUGAGAGCAGGAAGGUGCUGGACAGGUGGGCAGGAGCUCCCGUUCGGGCACCAUGAGCACCUCAGGCCCAGAAGCUGCCCCCAAACCAAGUGCCAAGUCCAUCUAUGAGCAGAGAAAACGCUACUCCACCGUGGUCAUGGCUGAUGUGUCCCAGUAUCACAUGAACCACCUGGUGACCUUCUGCCUGGGUGAGGAGGAUGGCGUGCACACUGUGGAGGACGCCUCCCGGAGGCUAGCCCUCAUGGACAGCCAGGGCCGAGUCUGGGCGCAGGAGAUGCUGCUGCGCGUGGCCCCUGACCACGUUGCGCUGCUCGACCCAGUGGUCAAGGAGGAACUGGAGUCGUACCCGCUGGAUGCCAUUGUGCGCUGCGACGCUGUGGUGCCGCCGGGCCGGAGCCGGGCGCUGCUGCUCCUGGUGUGCCAGGAGCCCGAGCGCGCGCAGCCCGAUGUGCACUUCUUCCAAGGCCUGGGCCUGGGGGCGGAGCUUAUCCGAGAAGACAUCCAGGGGGCCCUACACAACCACCGCUCCGGCCGCGGGGAUCGCAGGGCAGCGGCGCUCAGAGCCACGCAGGAGGAGCUGCUACGCGGGCCUCGGCCCGCAGCGGAGACCCCGCCCCUGCAGCGCCGCCCGUCGGUACGCGCAGUGAUCAGUGCGGUGGAGCCGGCCCUGGCCCGCGGGCGACCCCAGGUGGACCCAGUCCCCGAGACUGAGGAGACCUGGAGGCCCGGCCGAGUGUCCACUCGUGAGCGCGCGGACCCGGCCUCCCCGGACCUGGGCCCCCGGGGUCCAGAGCUGGCCAAUCUGCAGGCCGAGCGCGACGUGGACAUCUUGAACCACGUGUUCGACGACGUGGAAAGCUUCGUGUCCAGGCUGCAGAAGUCGGCCGAGGCCUCUCGCGUUUUGGAACACCGGGAGCGAGGCCGCCGGACCCGGCGCCGGGCAGCGGGGGAGGGCCUGCUGACGCUGCGGGCCAAGCCACCCUCUGAGGCCGAGUACACCGACGUGCUCCAGAAGAUCAAGUACGCCUUCAGCCUGCUGGCCCGGCUGCGCGGCAACAUCGCUAACCCCUCAUCCCCGGAGCUGCUGCACUUCCUGUUCGGGCCACUGCAGAUGAUUGUGAACACGUCAGGAGGCCCCGAGUUUGCGAGCAGCGUGAGACAGCCACCCUUGACGGCCGAGGCGGUGGCGCUGCUGCGCGACAACGUCACUGCGCGGGAGAACGUGCUGUGGACCUCGCUGGGGGACUCGUGGACCCGCCCAGGGCUGGAACUGCCCCUAGAGGAGGGCCCCUCGUACAGCCCCGCGUUCUGCAGCGGCUGGGAGCCCCCCGCCGCCGACCCGCAGGGCCGCCCCUGGGAGGACCCGGUGGAGAAACAGCUUCAGCAUGAGCGGAGGCGCCGGCAGCAAAGCGCCCCCCAGGUCGCUGUCAAUGGUCACCAAGACCCAGAGCUACAAGCUGAGCCCCAGCAGGAGCCGGAGCCCGCAAGAAAGUGGGUCCUGUGUAAUUAUGACUUCCAGGCUCGAAAUAGCAGUGAGCUCUCAGUCAAGCACCGGGAUGUACUGGAGAUCCUGGAUGACAAGCGCAAGUGGUGGAAGGCUCGGGAUCAACGGGGUCAGGAGGGGUAUGUUCCCUACAAUAUCCUGACUCCCCACCCCGGACCCCAUGUGGACCACAGCCAAAGCCCUGCAGGAAGCCUGGAGGGCAGCGCCCCGCCUCCCCCGCCAGGCCCGGCUCCAGCCCCGGCGCCGGCCCAUCCCCUCUGGAACAGCUGCGACAGUCUCAACAACUUGGACCCCAGCGAGAAGGAGAAAUUCUGUCAGAUGCUCAGCGUGAACGAGGAGCUGCAGGCCCGCCUGGCCCAGGGCCUCCAGGGGCCGAGCCGCGCUGCCCUGGGGCCCCGCGCCCCGGAGCCACCGCUCAGCCCCAGCUCGGACAGCUCAGAGGUCCACGCCUGGCUGCGGGCCAAGGGCUUCAGCUCUGGGACCGUGGAGGCGCUGGGGGUGCUGACAGGGGCGCAGCUCUUCUCUCUGCAGAAGGAGGAGCUGCGGGCCGUAAACCCCGCAGAGGGGGCGCGGGUGUUCAGCCUCGUCACCGUGCAGCGGGCGCUGCAGGAGGACAGGGAGAAAGUGUCGGAGCUGGCGGCCGUGAUGGAGAAGCAGAAGAAGAAGGUGGAAGGCAAUACCGAAACAGGGGUCAUCUGACCCCGCCCCCGGCCCAUCCACGAAAAGUGAUGAGAGCCGGGGGGGGGGGGGGACACGGGCCCGCCCCCCUCCCGGGGGUGGGCCUACAUCCAGGAGCGCGGCGGUCCCGGCCCAGCCCCGGCCGCGCGAGUGGGGGCGGGGUCACGCUCGGGACGCCCGGACCAGCCGCCCGUCUAUAAACAGCCUCCUCUC